AUACAAACUCUCAAAAGCAAAAUACAAACUCGCAAAAGCAAAAUACAAACUUAUGGCCAUCAAGAGAAGUUGGCGUACGUGUUGGAUUCGGCAACCCAAAAUCUUCACGGUGGACAAUUGCUCAAAGUGAAGAAUGCACUUGAUGAAGGUAAGGCGCUAAGUCGCAUGAAUCAUAUUGUCUUGGCAGAUUUGUAUGGUUGGGACUUUAUCUCUGAGUAUAAGCAGGAUCCUAUGGCAGAAGACGGUGGAGAUGAAAAGCGUAUUCGCAAAGUACUCAAAUAUGUUCACUCCGCUAGGGAGAAAAAAAAGGCUGACAAGGCGAAGAAAGCCUAGAGGUUUAGGUCAGAUAAUAGACGUUUUUCUUCAUCUCCUAAUGUUGGUUCUUUAUUCAAUUCUAUGAGCGGAUGCUAUCUUUGUGGAAAAUCGGAUCAUUUCUGGAGAAAUUGUUCCCGAUCAACAAGAUUCCCGAAUGCAUCAAAUAACGGAGGAAAUCAGUGGCAGGCUCGCCAAGCUCCACAGCUCUCAACUGCCUCCGCCGGAGGAAAUCAGUGGCAGGCUCGCCAAGCUCCACAGCUCUCAACUGCCUCCGCCGGAGGAAAUCAGUGGCAGGCUCGCCAAGCUCCACAGUUCUCAACUGCCUCCGCCGGAGGAAAUCAGUGGCAGGCUCGCCAAGCUCCACAGUUCUCAACUGCCUCCGCCGGAGGAAAUCAGUGGCAGGCUCGCCAAGCUCCACAGUUCUGCCUCCGCCACCUACAUGCCACCGCAAGGAAGCAAGUGAUGAGAGAUCUGCUAAAUUUGCAAGCUCUCUGGUUAAGUCAGACCUCCACAAUUCUGAAUGGAAAUUUAGUGUUGAGAAAUCGGACUGGGAGCCACGGCAGCUUGGUGAAUGGCUGGGUAUUGUUAUAGAUACAAUAAGAAUAAAUUUUGUCGUUCCCGAUAAGAAAAUUUCUAAAUUGAAGUCUAAAUUGACUACACUCAUUGACGAGUUUCCUAACCUUAGUGUUAGGGGUGUGGCUAGUAUAGCGGGGUUCGUGAUGUCCCUCGGUUGCUAUAGGGCCUAUCGCCCGGUUGUUUACACGACAGAUGUAUUUUUUUUUGCUGAGACAAGAAAUUCAUGGAAUGAUGUGCUUUUUGCACCAGAAGGAGUUUUGCAUGAGCUAAAAUUCUGGUGGUCUCAUGUCGAAGCAUUUAACGGCUAUCAUAUCAAUAGACCUUUGUCGUCUAGCGCAGUUUUAACCUGCGAUGCCAGUGGUUCUGGUUACGGUGCGCAUAUCGCUUUUAAUGGCGAUCAGAGUAUUUGCUCUGGGGUGUGGGAUGAAACUCAAAAGAGAGAGCUCUUCUUCAAGGGAGUUGUUGGCUAUAUUGUUAGCCCUCAAAAGCUUUAAGAGCGUCGUUGCGGGAAAUAAGGUAAAGAUCUUUUCAGAUAACCAGAAUGUGGUUCGUAUAGUGCACAACGGUAGUCAUGUACCACAUCUGCAGCAUAUUGCUCAGUAUUUUUUAUUUUUAUAUGACUUACCGCGUUUCCUUUCAGGCUCAAUGGAUACCAAGAGCUGAGAAUCAGUUUGCCGACUAUUCAAGUCGUAUUGUUGACCCAGAUAAUUGGAUGAUAAAUCCGAAGCUAUUUUAGCUGGUUUCUAAUAUAUGGGGGCCAUAUGACGUGGAUAGAAUGCCUUGUCAUUAUAAUUCUCAUCUGCCCCGUUUCAAUUCAAAAUUCUGGUGUCCUGGUACAGAAGCAGUAGAUUGUUUCACCCAAGAUUGGGGAAACAAGUGUAACAAUUACCUCCUUGUUUAAUUAGCGCAGUUUUGUUUCAUAUGCAGUUCUGCAAUGCUAAGAGUACUUUAAUUGUGCCAGAAUGGAAGUCCGCCCCAUUUUGGCCUUUAUUGUGUUCACAGGAACGUACUUAGCGGAACGAUCUGUCGGAGUUGUUUUCUUUUUAAACUUUGAAAACCUUUUUCAUUGUUGAAUUUAAUUUAUACUUUAGUACUUACGCCAGGGAAUAAAUAUAUAGGUUUAGGCACUGCCUAAAAGCGGAGCCAGAAUGACUUUUUUCAGCAUAAACUUGUGUAGAACCCCCCUUCCCUGCAUUUUUCUUUACAUAAAAAAGUUCUCACUCUAGAAGCAAGUAAAAUAUAAAGCUGUUUUUGUGGAUGUGAAUCAUUAAUAGCUUUGCACAUCUGUCAACACUUAAAUAAUGUCAUGCUUGUAAUACAGGAAAAUACAGGGAAAUGCAAAGAAAUACAGGAGAAAACAUGGUAAACCAGGGAAAUACAGGAAAAUAAAGAAGAUAUUAGAAUAAUAUAUAUAAUAUAUAGAUUUAGGCACUGCCUAAAAGCGGAGCCUGCGUGGAUGCACUUUUUAGCAAUACUUGUAGCAAAUUUAAGGAUAUAGGGGAUGCAAACUAGCUUUGGAGUAGUUUUAUUUUAUAUCCAUUUCCAAGUAAAUCCUGGUGUCUUGGGUACAUUACUAAUUUCUGCCAUGACCCCCACCCCCUGGGGUUUAACUCUCCAAAAAAGUAGAUGGGUGUAGAUAAUCAUCUUUUAGGGUGUAAACUUCACCCAACUACUAUCCCUCAGGGGGUGUUUAAUGGUUAUUCUGAUACUGCUAUCCUUUAGGGGUAUCAAAUUAAUGAAUUUUUUGUAUUCAAUAACAACUAAUAUAUUUACCUCCCUCCACUCCACCAGGAAGACUACCCAGGAUUAUGAUGGAUGAAUGAAUUGAAUUGAGCACGAGAAUAACAAUAAAUACUUUUAUUAACAAAUGGGUGCCUUUUAGAGAAUGCUUGUUUUUAUUAUCAUUGUGCAAAUGCACCAUUAUUUGACAUGAAAAAGUCAAAGCUGAGAUCCAGCAGUAUGGGAUUGCUUUUAGUAGGAAAGUGGUGUAUACACGUAAGUAGGAAAAAUGCAUGAUGUUAAAAAAGGUGUUAUUCUGAAUUAUUAAGAAAUCAUGGCUUUUAAUUUAAAAGCAUUUAUUUAGGCUGGUGUCUUAUCACAUAUAAUUUGGUUGUGAAAAAUUGUGCAAGCCAUAAUAGAAAUAAUAUUGUAUUGACACAGGAAAUUAAAAUGGUUCAUUCAAAAUUA